AUGGCCUCCUGCCAUAAAGGCCUGGUUUAUGGAGUCUGGACAGGAAUUGAGUGCAGCAGCAAAAGGUUUGAAUACGGCACAGGGAGGAUGUUUCAGAGACAAAGUUACUCAGGACUGACCAUGGACUCCUCCGGCUCCAGACUCUUCUGUAACUGCACUGACGACAACAUCUACAUGUUCCACCUCACUGGAUUGAAAACCACACCAGUCGCUGUGUUCAACGGCCACCGCAACUCCUCGUUCUACGUGAAGUCCAGCGUGAGCCCUGACGACCAGUUCUUGGCCAGCGGUUCCAGUGACAACCACGCUCACAUCUGGAAGAUCUCGGACCCUGCUCAGGCUCCCGUCAUGCUCCAGGGUCACAGCCAGGAAGUGACGUCGGUCACCUGGAGUCCGUCUGACUUCACAAAGAUUGCUUCGUGCUCUGAUGAUAACACAGUGAGGAUCUGGAGACUCGGCCGGGGUGCAGACGGAGAGAAAUCCUUCCUUGGUGAAGCGAACCUUGUAGGAUGGGCACGUCGCAAAAUACAGACGCCCCCCAGACCGUGUGGUUCUGCCAUUCUGGCGGAUGUAACACCAGUUCGGAGUUGCCGGUCAGGCAGUGUCGAGUCGCUGGUGUCCCCUCGCCCGGGCACGUGUGCCCCCAGCGGCGCCGACUUCCCUCUUUCCUCUGUCACCUCAUCACCCUCUGAAAUCCUGCGCCCCUCCCAGACCAAAGCUCCCCUCUCCACCCCCGUCAGGAACGGCAUCAGCCCGGAGCGGCGUGCCAAACGGCGGCUGGACACGAGCCGAGUGACCUCGGAGGAGGACGAGAGCGAUGGCGUGACGGAGCUCUAUCCGGACUGUAAGAGGAGCCGGGGUUCGGCGGGCACUUUGAGCCAGUCUGCGGAGGGAGAGGUGACUGAGGGGAGGGAGCACAGGACGGGCGUGGCGGCUCAGGCUGAUAAAGAGAACAGCUCUCCGCUGAAAGCUGAUUGGCUCUCAGCAAUGAGCCGAAAACUCAAGCAAGCUCAGAGCGGAGCGGCUCUGCCCAAGAGUCCCACCGCAGCCAAAAGGCAAGACAGCAGGACGCACCCGUCCCUCUCUAUGUUGAGCUCUCCGCAGUCCGGGAGGAGGACGUCGUCUCCUCAGUCUCACAGGGUCUCGUCUCCAGCUUCUACCAAAAAGAUUUCUGCUUAUUUUCAGAAAACUCCACAGAAAUAAGACUUUAUGAGCAUUCAUGGACUCGUGCGUUCCUUAAGGAACGUUUCUCCUCUCGGUGUUCCUGGAGGAACAUCUGUAAAGCGAAUUAAACACUUGGAUGCACAGGGAUGCUUUAUCGUAAAUGUAUGAUUAUUUCAGAACUUUGUUUUACAGUUUGUACAGUUUAUUUGCAAAGCUUCUAACUGUAUGAUUACAGCGUGAAUUUCUACAUCGUUUUUAUCUGUAAAUAAGUUUUUGUACACAGAAUAUUUUUAGCUGUCGGUUGAUGUGUGUAACACGUGAUUAAUUAAACGCAGACGCUCUGGUUGAGGUCUGAACUUUUAUACUG